AUGCCAGAUGCAGCGAUAAGAGUUGCAUCACGCCAGACAGAACACAGAGUGGAUGUGACGGAUAGGGACUCCCUUAGGGGUGUGCUAGAAGGCUCAGACGCUGUAAUUAAUACAGUGGGACUUCUUCAGGCAUCUCGGAAGACAUUUGAAGCAGUCCAGCAUGAAGGUGCUGAAAAUGUUGCUAGAAUCACUAGAGAGAAUAAUGCAAAGUUGGUACAAAUAUCCGCAAUUGGCGCCGACGCAUCCUCUAGAUUACCCUAUCCACGUACAAAGGCGCUCGGUGAGCAGGCUGCACUGUCUGAAUGUCCAGAUUGCUCAAUUGUCAGGCCUUCGCUUAUUUUCGGACCUGGGGAUAGCUUUUUCAAUAGAUUCGCCUGGUUGGCGAAAUACAUGCCGUUUCUUCCCGUCUUCGGUACGGGUGAGACGCUCUUCCAACCGGUUUAUGUCGGCGACGUCGCAGCCGCCGUAGCGCUCUGUGCAGAAAGCAGGAGUGAUGAAAGGAUAGCAACUCGUGUAAAUGGGAAGAUAACUGAAGCGGGCGGACCUGAAGUGUUUACAUAUAGACAAAUUAUGCAGCUAGUUAUCGAUUACAGUGGUAAUAAGCGACCUAUCGUAUCUAUACCUUGGUCUAUUGCCAAAAUGCAGGCUUUUGUUCUCGAAAACUUACCGAUGCCGCCCGUAUUAUCAAUCACGAGGGACCAGGUUGAACAAUUGAAAAAGAACAACAUUGUGACGCCGAAACAUGAACAGGAGAGUAAUGCUAUUAGUUUCAAGGAGCUCCUGGGUGACUUUUCGCACAUACAGCCGAGCAGUGUACACGAAAUUUUGCCGACAUAUCUCUCACCAGAAGGACAUGAAAUGGCGGUAACUAUGGAUCAUAAAACCAGAGAAGAGGAAAGGAGAAAGAAAAGAUUGAUGCUCCGUGAUAAAAAAUCUUACUGA